CGGCCCCCCAGCGCGGGCGCACAUGUCGGCCUCGGGGGCGUCGGCGGCUGGGGGCACCGGGGCGGGGUCGGAGCCCGAUGCAGGGUCCGGGUCCGGCGCUGGCAUCGGGGCGGGCGCGGCGACUGGUGCGGGGGCCAUGCCCUGCAAGAGCGCCGAGUGGCUGCAGGAGGAGCUGGAGGCGCGCGGCGGUGCGUCCCUGCUGCUGCUCGACUGCCGGCCGCACGAGCUCUUCGAGUCGUCGCACAUCGAGACGGCCAUCAACCUGGCCAUCCCGGGCCUCAUGCUGCGCCGCCUGCGCAAGGGCAACCUGCCCAUCCGCUCCAUCAUCCCCAACCACGCCGACAAGGAGCGCUUCGCCACGCGCUGCAAGGCGGCCACCGUGCUGCUCUAUGAUGAGGCUACGGCCGAGUGGCAGCCAGAGCCCGGCGCUCCCGCCUCGGUGCUUGGCCUGCUCCUGCAAAAGCUGCGCGACGACGGCUGCCAGGCCUACUACCUCCAAGGUGGUUUCAACAAGUUCCAGACAGAGUACUCGGAGCACUGCGAGACCAACGUGGACAGCUUGUCCUCGCCAAGUGGCUCGCCGCCCACCUCAGUGCUGGGCUUGGGGGGCCUUCGCAUCAGCUCUGACUGCUCGGACGGUGAGUCAGACCGAGAGUUGCCCAGCAGUGCCACCGAGUCAGACGGCAGUCCUGUGCCAUCCAGCCAACCGGCCUUCCCCGUUCAGAUCCUGCCCUACCUCUACCUCGGCUGCGCCAAGGACUCCACCAACCUGGACGUGCUCGGAAAGUAUGGCAUCAAGUAUAUCCUCAAUGUCACGCCCAACCUCCCCAAUGCCUUUGAGCACGGUGGCGAGUUCACCUACAAGCAGAUCCCCAUCUCUGACCACUGGAGCCAGAACCUCUCCCAGUUCUUCCCCGAGGCCAUCAGCUUCAUUGACGAGGCCCGCUCCAAGAAGUGUGGUGUCCUAGUGCACUGCCUGGCAGGCAUCAGCCGCUCAGUGACGGUCACUGUGGCCUACCUGAUGCAGAAGAUGAACCUGUCACUCAAUGACGCCUACGACUUUGUCAAGAGGAAAAAGUCCAAUAUCUCACCCAACUUCAACUUUAUGGGGCAGCUGCUGGACUUCGAGCGGACGCUGGGGCUGAGCAGCCCAUGCGACAACCACACGCCCAGCGAGCAACUCUACUUCUCCACUCCCACCAACCACAACCUGUUCCCACUCAACACUCUUGAGUCCACAUGAGGCUGGGGGCACAGGUGGGCGGGGUGCCAGCACCUCCCAGGCCCUUCUCAGGGCCAGGUGGGAGGGCCCACGCCUGCUGCAUCUGGCCUGAGGAACCUGGACAUCGCCUGUGCCUAGAGGCCCAGGCUGAUGGGUGGCCGAGCUUCCCUCACCAUCCCAGGGAGGCCGGAGCCCACAGCGAGGCCUCUCUCUGCAGGACUUUCUGGAGAGGCCCUCGGCUCUCAGGCACAUGGCUUUGAGAGUCCAACGAGGCCUCAUCCUUGGCCUAGGACACUCCUUUCUGUUGAUGGCCCAGCCAGUCUGGCUGUUUUUUAAAGACACAUCCACGGACCUGAGUUUACUUUUUACUUUUGGCAGGUAAAUCCAAGCUCCCUGGAGCACAGAGAGUGUUCGAGCUCUUCUUGAUUUUUCUUUUUUUAAUGAAAAGUGUUAUUUUCAGGCUACAUGCAAUGGUGGAUUAUAUAAACCAGUAUUUCAUCCCUUUCUUGAUCCUGCGAGAGAGAGAAGUGUUCUCCGUUUUGUUUUUCUUUCUAUUUCAAAAAGCAGUUUUUUUUUAACGGAAAAGACAAACCCCGUGUUGAUCUUGACCAAAUGCGUUUUGCACAUGUGUGAAGCCUCCGUUUCUGCAGCGGGCCCUUCUUGAAGGGGUGGCGUGCAGCUCUCGGCGUCGGACCCCUGGUCAUGCCCACAUCUCCCACCUUGGCCCAGCCCAACUUGGCACUGCGUUUGCUGGUGAUGACUGCUGCAAGUUGUGAUUGGUGGGCUGGGCGGGUGGCCUUUGUAUUCUCUGCCCUCCCAGCUGCCCCUCCAGUGGGGCCACGGGGGACUGCCAGGCAGUAGCAUUAGCCCUCUGGGCUCAGCCCCUCACAGGGCCUGGGCCCUGGGCCCUUUUCUGUACGUACCCACUACUUCUGUCUCUUUCUGUCUCUGUCUGUUUGUAACUGAGAGUGGAGGCCCAGUGGCUGGGGUAACUUAAGCCCAGCCCUGCCUCCCAAGUUUCUGCCCCUCACCCUGGCUGUUGCUUUGGUUCAGCUGCCACUCCCAGCCCCCUUGUCCCGUGGAAGCCUGCCCUGUGCUCAUCUUGCCCAUCUACUACCAGGAAACUUGCACCCAUUUCAAUCCCAGGGCAGGGGCAGCGGGGAGGUGAGGGGGGCGGCAGCGAGGAUGGACAAGUGAAGGGAUGUGAGACUCUGUCCACCCCCACCCCACCCCCAGUACGCGCAGAACAAAGCCACGGAUUCCGUUAUCCUCCUCCUGUUUUGUUCCUUCUCCAACCUCAGUUCUACCAGGUGUCAGGACUGCAUGGGGGCCGGGCAGGGGUGAGUGGUCGGGCCAGGGUCCCUGAGCGAGCUAGCACUCAGCAUGUGAGCAAGGCCACGGAAACUCUGCCCCCCACUGCAUCUUACCUCACAGGGGUUGUUUUCAGGGAUUCUUUAAGGCAGCGGAUUAAAAUCUUGCCACAGUUGAGAAAUUGACAAAAAGCUUCCAUGCUGUACAUGGUUCUCUUUCUCUCUCUUUUUUACUUUUAAAAAGAAAAACCCAGAACGACGCAUCAGAUUUGUGUAAAUGAGGGUAGGCCAAGAGGGUGGCCAGUUUUGCUUUAUGAUCUUAUGAAGGAAAAUUUGUGACCCUACAUAUAUAUAC